ACACACGUCACACAAGUUUAUUCAUUAUUAUGAGACACAGUUGUCAACACUGGAAAAAUCACAUGUACUUCUAAAGAAAUGUUUUGUUUUCUAGAAUCAGUGUUUCAGCGUUAUACUGGUCAGCUUCAUGCACAUGCAUAAUGGACACCGCUAAUAAUAAUUUAGUUAAUUGUGAUGAAUAUUGCUCAUUAUUUGUUACUUAACUAUAGUAUUUAGUUGUAGCGCGUUUUUAUUAUUAAUAUUCUAAAUAUAUAGAAAGAUAGUAUUGUUUGUAAUUUAGCUUUUAUAAGUUUUAUUUGUAAUUUUAAUACGUUUUUAGUAGUUUGUUUAUAGUUCAUAGAUUUUAAAUUAUGGCAGAAGAAGAUUGGGGGCAAUGGGAUACACAAACUGAACCAACUUACUAUCCAAAAAUGACUUAUAGAAACUCAAAUAAUUCACAUAAAAAUCCUGAUGAUGAAUUCAUUGAAAUUGAGUCGCGUUUAGCUGGUAUUAUUAUUGGUAAAGGUGGUUCUAAAAUCAAAAGUAUUCAAAGAGAGAGUGAAGCUCAUGUGAACAUCAUAGAUAGUGAUACCUAUGGUUUAAAGACUGUGAAAAUUUCAGGUAAUGCAAGUGCUAAAGAGCGAGCCAGACAAAUUAUAAAUAAUAUAAUUGAUGAAAAUGACCCUGAUAAAAUACGCCAAAAAAUUCAACAAGAAUCUACUGCUUAUGAAUCCACCAUUAAACCAAUAUCUGACAAUGAUUGGGAACAGUUAAUGAAAGAACAAGAGGAAUAUCAAAAAAAAAAAUUGGCUGCUCUUCCUCCAAUUGUAAAACAUGUUUAUAAAGAACAUCAAGAAGUUACUGCAAUGAGUGAUGAAGAAAUUGAAGCAUUCAGAUUUUCUAAAAAUAAUAUAAUGGUUAAACAUGUAAAUGAAGACAACAAUGAACCAAUUCCAAAACCAAUAGUGCAUUUUUAUCAUGCAUUUAAAGAUUAUCCUGAAAUAUUGGAGGAAAUUAAAAAACAGAACUUUGAAACUCCUUCACCGGUUCAGUGUCAAGCAUGGCCAAUAAUUAUGAAUGGUCAUGAUUUAAUUGCAAUUGCUCAAACUGGUACUGGUAAAACAUUAGCAUUUUUACUUCCAGCAUUUAUUCAUUUAGAGCGUCAAGCUAUUCCUCGUGAUAAACGUAAAGGACCAUCAAUUUUGGUCUUAGCUCCUACUAGAGAGUUAGUUUUACAAAUUGAAAAUGAAGUUAAUAAAUAUUCUUAUAAAGGUAUAAGAGCUAUGAGUAUUUAUGGUGGUGCGAGUUCAGGAAAACAGAAGGAAUGCAUACGACAGGGAGUAGAAAUAGUUAUUGCUACUCCAGGUCGUCUUAAUGAUUUUGUUGGCAGUAAUUCUAUUGACCUUACUGAUGUAACUUUUAUCAUAUUAGAUGAAGCUGAUCGUAUGUUAGAUCUUGGAUUUGAGCCACAAAUUCGAGUUUCAUUACUUCCAGUUCGGCCAGAUAGACAGACAAUUAUGACUAGUGCAACUUGGCCACCAGGUGUUAAACGUCUUGCAAAAAGUUAUACAACUAAUCCAAUUCAAGUAAUGGUUGGAUCAUUAGAUUUAACAACAGUCAACACAGUUAAACAAGAAAUUCUUUUUAUGGAAGAUGAAGAAAAAGAAUUGUGGUUAGAUGACUUUUUGAAAAAUAUUAAUGAAGAUGAUAAAGUAAUAAUAUUUGUCAACAAAAAGGUUACUGUAGAUCAACUAUCUGCAGACUUAUGUAUGAAAAACUAUAAUGUUGAAUCAAUUCAUGGUGGACGUGAGCAAUGUGAUCGUGAAAUGGCUUUAGAAAGUAUGCGUGAUGGUAGUGUUUCUAUUCUAAUUGCUACUGAUGUAGCAUCACGUGGUAUCGAUAUUCAUGAUAUUACUGUUGUGAUUAAUUAUGACUUUACUAAAGAUAUUGAAGAAUAUGUACAUAGAGUAGGUCGUACAGGCCGAGCUGGUAAAACUGGUCUUGCAAUAACAUUAAUGUCAAGAAGAGAUUGGAGUAAAGCUAAAGAGCUCAUUGAAGUGAUGGAGAAAUCUGGGCAGGAUGUACCUCCUGAACUUCAUGAUAUGGCAAAACGAUUUGAAGCUAAAAAAGAAAGAGAAAGAGCUGAAGGAGGUGAUAGACCAUUUAGAGGAAGAGGACGUGGAGGAGGAAGGGGAUAUUCUUCUUAUGGAGGUGGUUUCAGAGGAAAUAAUAGGAAUAAUUGGUAAACAAUUUUGUUAUUUGUUUGUAAUUAAUAUUUUUGUAUUCCUAAGUAUACAUUGUUAAAACUUGUACGAUAAUGUAUGUUAUAUUCAUUGUCUUAUUAAAUUUUUUUUUAUAUUAUUAUAAGUUAUUAAUUCUGUUAUGCAUCAUAAGAUUUAAUCUUAAUUUUAAUUAAUUUAAAGACUUGAUACUUUGUUGAUAUUUGUUCAUAAUAUAUAUUAUUCAUUAUAUUAUAAAAAAUCAUAAGUAAAAGAUAAUUUGAUGACAUUUUGCAAAUAAACUAUAAAUCAGAAACUAUAAAUUUUAUAUUUUUAGUGUUUGUUAAUAUUUAUAUUAAAUACUCUUAAUUGGAUAAAAAUUGUUGACUCAAUUUAACGAUUUUUAUUAUAAAUAAAAGAAAAAAGGUUUAUUGUA